CAUUUAUUAUUUUUCUUCCAUUGAUUAUAUAUAGGUUAAGAAAAUUAUUUUGUGACGAGAGAAAAAAAUGGUGGACGUAUCAUCUUUAUCAUCUUCAUCCUCGACAUCGUUAUAUGAAUCCGACACCGAAGAACUUCAGCAUAUGCCCUUGAAGCCAGUGAUGAAAAGCAACCGAUGUUUAUCGAAGCAAUUAUCGAUGUUCGAGACGUCCCGAAACAUCGAUUGGGAGCGAAGGAAUCGGAUCCUUCGUCAGGAAAGGAGCAAGAACACAGAGGAACCGCAACGGAUGAUGUCGGUGCCAUCAUUGAUGAAAAACAGGAGAUAUCUGUCAAAGCAAUUAUCGAUGUUGGAGACAUCCAGGGACGUUGCGUGGGAGAGAAGGCGACGCCAGAUCCUUCGUCAGGAAAAAGGGAAAAACGGUAUCCCGGAAGCUAAUGGAAUAACCGACGAAGACUUGAAUGAACUAAAAGGUUGCAUCGAGCUCGGAUUCGGAUUCAACGAGGAAGCAGGCCAACAGCUUUGCAAUACAUUGCCCGCUUUAGACCUCUAUUUCGCAGUAAAUCGUCAGCUGUCCCCUAGCCCGGUUUCGACACCUCACAGCAGACGAUCGUCAUCGAUAUCAUCGCUAAGGUCAUCGUCUUUUGGAAGUCCUAAGAGUGAUCAAGAUUGGAAAAUUUGCAGCCCAGGGGAAGAUCCACAGCAAGUGAAGACAAAGCUAAGGCAUUGGGCGCAAGCAGUGGCAUGCUCCGUGAUGCAGUCGUCUUGAAGUAGCGGGGUUGGCUUUGUACAGGUAUAGACUCAGG